AUGGUGGAGCGUUUAAAGCAGGAGGGGACUUCACACAGCUCCAAGGAUCUGUUGAAGAUCAAUGUGAAGAUGGCUACCCUCUCUGUGGACCCCUGCAACAACUACACUGUGCUGGACGAACCAAGGAGAUCCAUCAAUAAUACAAAUUUCUUACAAUCAACACCUUCCUACAGGUGUGACCCCUCUGCCACGUGGCGCGGCUGGUAUCGUCUCUUCAUUAAUGGUCUGGACGCUCAUAUGCCAGAGACGUGUGUUGCAAUAGGUCACUGUGACACUGCUACCACACUGUGGAUUCGUGGUGGACACCCAACAGUUGAAGAUGGAGUGGUCACUCGAGAUGUCUGCGGUCACUGGCACAAUUACUGCUGCUUUUUCUGGUCUUUUCCCAUUAAGAUUAAAGCCUGUCCAGGCAAUUAUUUUGUGUAUGAGCUGAUUAGUCCAGCUGUGUUCUGUUCAGGAUACUGUGCAGAUGUUGGCAGCAUUAACACCAGCUCUACAGCCGUCACACCAGCGAUCGUCUCAACCGUUUAUCCCUCUGUUGACCCCUGCUACACGUACAGUGUACUGGACGAUCUAUGGAGAGCCACCAAUAAUACAAAUUCUUCAGUCAAAACGUGUGACACCUCUGUCACCUGGAGCGGCUGGUAUCAUCUCUUCAUUAACGGUCUGAGCGCUCAGAUCCCAGACACCUGUGUUGAAAAAACUGGCUGUGGCACUGAUGUCCCACUGUGGAUUCGUGAUGGACAUCCAUCACUGAAGGAUGGAGUGGUCACUCGGGAUGUCUGUGGUCACUAUAACAAUUACUGCUGCUAUUAUGGUUCUUACCCCAUUAAAGUCAAAGCCUGUCCAGGCAAUUAUUAUGUCUAUGAGCUGGUUACACCAACUUACUGUAAAUUUGCAUACUGUGCAGCUGUUACUAACAUCAGCAGCACCGAUACAACAGUCACACCAGAGACGAGCUCAGAUGAGUCUCGUCACAUGGCCGCCCAGCAGCCCAGCCCAGCACCCCAGCAUGAAAUGGCAGCCACAGUUGAACUUCCAGAGUCAGUCCUACCUGACCAGACUUGUUCUCCUGUGGCUGCUCCUCCAAUAUGCCCUCUCUCUCACCCGCUCCUGCCUCCUCCACCACUGUCAUCUGGCAGUCCCUCUGCUCACCCUCAGCCCAUCAUCAUUGUGAUGCGAGCUCCACGGGACUUCCAUCCUCCAGCAUGGCCGGAGUCUCCCUCAUCUACACCUUCAGCCUCCGAGGCCUGGACUCUGCCUCGGCCCCGUUGGCUCCACCAUGGCUCCUAG